AUGACAGCGGAUGAACCCUUCGCAGUGAGGCAUAAGAGGUCCAGUCUCUGUACUUUACCAUCACACCCAGAACACGGAGCGUACACCCAAGCUCCGUACCCAGAGUCCUUUCCACCUGGUCUGGAUUUUGUGAUCCUGGACUACUUUUGCUUCCCACCUUACAGAAUAGUGGGGAAAUCUUCAGUUUUGUGCAACAAUGGACAGUGGGCUCAUGCAUUUCCAACCUGUAAACUUCUCUGCAAACUAGCUCGCUACCAGGACAUGGACUUCCGCUGCUUAAUCUCCGAUGAUCCAGCAGAUGGCUACACCAAAUGUGAUUACGUUGUACCUUCUGGAUUCAAGGUUCAGCCAUUUUGUAAGGUCCACUAUUUUUCUCGCGUCCCUUUGAACGUAAUGACCUGUGUGAAUGGAACGUGGGACCAUAUGCCUGAUACAUGUCGACCGGAAUGCGGCACAAUAAUAGCGAAAGGUACACCUCUUAUGUCUGGUGGUAGACCAGCGAAGUACGGUGAGCUGCCCUGGCAUGUUGGGAUAUAUUACAAGAAGAAUAAGCCUUAUGAACAGAUCUGUGGAGGAUCUAUCAUCAGCAGGAAAACUGUAAUAUCUGCUGCCCACUGCUUCUGGACGCUGGGAGACAUGGAGCCUCCCUGCAGGUAUGCAGUCCAAGCGGGGAAGCUGUUCAGGGCAUGGAAUGAUGAGCAAGAUGAGGAGGUUCAGCAACGAGAUGUAAUAGAUAUAAAAAUCCCGCCACAUUACCGCGGGGUCCAGACAAACUUUCAAGAUGAUUUGGCGAUAGUCAUCUUAGGCAAGAGUUUCUUUUUCAAAAUGCUGGUUCAACCGGUCUGCCUGGAUUUUGGGUCUGAAAUGGAUAAGAGACAUUUGGAGCCUGGGAAUAUGGGGAAGGUAGCUGGUUGGGGCUAUACUUCAGAAGCAGGAGAACCGUCACCAUACCUGAAGGUAGCUGAUCUCCCGAGCGUCGGCAUACAGCAGUGUCUCAACGAAACUUCGUUUGCUUUCAAAGUGUACAUUACUGUAGACAAAAUUUGUGCUGGAUAUACGAAUGGAACAGCGACAGUCUGCAAAGGUGACAGCGGCGGAGGCCUGUCAUUCCCUGAACAAGAAAAUGGAGUCACAAAAUACUACCUCCGGGGAAUCGUAUCCACGGCCCCUGCGGACGGAUUAACCUGCAAUACUCUUACUUUAACAACUUUUACUCACGUCGCAAGUCAUCACAAUUUUAUUGAAAGCCAUUUUGAAAAUCCUGACCGAUUAGGUUUUCGAGUUUUGAACACUAGAAUGAUUGGGUUUUACAAUGAUUCUAGCGUUUGUUAUGAUUAG